GUAACAACUGGAUAACAUCAAUGCACAACCUCCUUCUGUCCUUCAUGUUGUGUUGAGUGGGGACUUAGCCAGAUUAGAUUUACAAUUGUUAAAAAAAAGUUUCUUUCUUUUCUCUGGCCCUACUCUCCCACCCACAUGCCCUUCCCUCUCUCUCUCUUAGUCUCUAUAUCUCUCUAAAUGCCAAUCUCUUGCCUAUUUAUUUGACUCUUUCAACAUUCCCUCGAACUCCACUUGAAGCAAACCCAAUAAAAAACACACACACAAGACUUGUCUUACAAAACAACCAAGUCUCAAGAAACUUGGAAAGCUAAGAGCUAUGGCUAUGGAGUUAGAGCUUGAUGAUGAUGUCUUCUUUGCAGACAUAAGCAAACAAAUCUCCCUUCUCAUCAUGGAUGAAGAUGAACACUUAAACCCUGUUUCUCUGUCUUCCUCCUCCUCCUCUCUCUCAUUCCAGGGUUUGUUCAGAGGAGGUUACCAAACGGCUCCAUAUAUGUAUCAACAAGAACAGAGCAAAGGGACUGGUGUGUUCAUCCCUAAAUCGUCUCAGCCUAGAAGAAGACCUCAUCAUCAUCAAAAGCAAGGAAGGUAUAGUUCCUUCAGCGCCAAGCAACAACACUCUCUUCAUCAAAACAGACAAGAGUAUCAUCAGCAGAAUCAUGAGAACUCAAGAAGUACUGUCACCACUCACAACAACAACAACAAGAGCAACAUGAACACUAAUGUUCAUGCUUCUAUCCCAGGAAGAACCUACAGAGAUGCAUCAUCUAUCUACACCUGAUUAAUUUUAACAAAUAUUCUUCUGUGUGAUCAAUUCAUAUAAUUUUAAAUUAGAUGCAUAAGAUUGAUUUGUUUGUAAAUUCAGCGAACAAUAAAAGGAUUAUUGUAUAAGGAAGGUCUUGGAGAUAUGUUCCAAGUUUGUUCUUGCUUUUAUGUAACUCUUUCUUGUCAUUUUAGAGAUGCACUAACUUUUCCUCCAUUUGUAAUCUUUUAAGGAUUGAAUGAAAAUCAAAUUUGUGCC